UUUCGGCUGGAUCGGCAAGCCUUAGAUCCUUAUGGUUUAUUAACGAGAGCUAAUACGUCUUAGCAUGGUUAGUUUGACAUACAACAUAUUUAUGACAAUCUACACACUUCUAGCCUAUGUAUAUAUACGUAUGAACACAUAUACACAUACACACAUAUAAGUAUAUAUAUGUAUAUGAACCCCUCGAGAAUGAAACGUUUCCACCUUAUCUAUGCACGAAAUUUUCUCCUCCAUUCCUCCGUGCGAACGGAGUGAAGUUGCCUGUACUGUUACUGUUGUACGACCACGCAUGCGAACACGAGAGAGAAAGAGAACUGCUAUUUUUGUACAGGAUUCACAUCUACAGAGUUUUAAUAUCCAAUAGAAGAAUACAUUUCCUAGAGAAAAGUGUUGCUAUCGAGAAAUUUUUAAGGGAUUUACAUUACUAAUUUCAUGUGUCGUGCAUGCACUGACGCAACUAUAUUCAAGUCGGAGAAUCACAUGGUGUAAUUCUAACCUAACUUAUUUGGAUACAUUAAAUUUGCGCUAUAUAGCUCAAGCUAGCUGAAGGCGCUCUUCCACUCACAAGGAAGGAAAAGCUAAAAAAAAAAAAAAAAGAUACAUUAAAUUUAUUACUCCCACAUUUGUUGCAUAUUGUUUAAUUUGUUGAUAAGUUUUGACUAACUACGUUUAUUGCAACGAUUUUUAUAAACAUGGCUAAAGCACACACUACUAAUAAAGCCCCGCGAAAGCAGGGUUUUAAACGUUCAGGACACAGUAUGAAUCCUGAACGUCCUACAGAAGGAUUGAAAGGAGUUGCUAAAGUGCGAACAAAAGCGACCAUCAAAAGAUUGCAGAUGUAUCGCAAUCAAAAACCGAAACGCAAUCGUGCUGGAAAGAUCAUUAGCCCAGCGCCAUUUCAAGGCUGGAACAUGUCGCAUGUGGAACCAUCUCAAAAAUGGUUUAGCAAUUCAAGAGUUAUCUCACAAAAUGCUCUGCAAAAAUUUCAAAAUGAAUUGGGAACCGCCAUAAAGGAUCCCUAUAAAGUUAUUAUGAAGCCUACUCAAUUGCCUGUAACUUUACUUCAGCAAAAAGCGGCAAACGCGAGGGUGCAUCUGCUGGAUACGGAAAGCUUUGAAAACGUUUUUGGUCCAAAAAAGCUCCGAAAAAGACCAAGUUUGGCGGCAACGUCGUACGAUGAGUUGAAAAAAUUGGCGGAGGACAAGGAAGAUGCUUAUAAUAAAGAGAAAGACAACAAAGACCACGAUCUUGUCCGUGAAGACACUGGUGUAAGAGACGCACAGAGGGACUGGGUCAUGGCAGCGGGACAGAGCAAAAGAAUAUGGAAUGAGUUGUACAAAGUCAUCGACUCCUCCGACGUUAUUCUGCAGGUGUUGGACGCUAGGGAUCCGAUGGGAACCAGAUCGCCUCCCGUGGAAAAAUAUUUGAAAACUGAUAAACCUUACAAGCACCUGAUAUUCAUCCUAAACAAGGUUGAUCUGGUGCCGACGUGGGUCACACAGAGAUGGGUGGCAAUUUUGAGCAAAGAGUAUCCAACAAUUGCCUUUCACGCCUCCCUGACGCAUCCCUUUGGUAAGGGUUCCCUCAUAAAUCUGCUGAGACAAUUCGCCAAGUUGCACGUCGACAAAAAGCAGAUCAGCGUCGGUUUCAUUGGGUAUCCUAAUACAGGGAAGAGUUCCAUCAUAAACACUCUGCGUUCCAAAAAAGUCUGCAAAGUUGCGCCGAUAGCCGGGGAGACGAAGAUAUGGCAGUACAUAACUCUCAUGCGGCGUAUCUAUUUAAUAGAUUGUCCCGGGGUCGUUUAUCCGUCGGCGGAAACCGACACGGAGAAGGUGCUGAAGGGAGUCGUGCGAGUGGAACUCGUUCAGAGUCCGGAGGAUUACAUUGCUGUUGUCCUAGAGAGAGUAAAUAUAUCGAUCGAAUAUAUUCGUAAGACGUAUAAGAUAAAAGAAUGGACCGAUCACGUAGACUUCCUGGAAAAAAUGGCGCGUCGAAGUGGCAAACUUCUGAAGAAGGGAGAGCCUGACAUUACGAUUGUCGCACGUAUGAUACUUAAUUACUGGCAACGCGGUAAAUUACCCUUUUACGUUCCACCAGUGGGCUUCGAGAAACCAUCAAAUCAAAUGGCUAACAAAGAUGAAACAACCGUUAUGCAAGAGAAUAUAUUAGAAGUCACGCACGAUAAUAUAACACAAGAAACUAACAGCUCACCUUUGAAAGAGAUAAUAAAAAAUCAGCUAACGGUAAUACAAGAUUUUAGAAAAAUACGCGUUGGAUUGCCUUAUUCGGGUGAGAAUAAUAAGAAUCUAGAACAGGACGCAGAUCUCGGUGAUAGUAUCGCUGACGAUGACAGGAGGAUAGAAAGCGAAUCAGAAUUAGAUGACUCGGAAUCAGAAGAUACGAAAAUAGAAGAUGAUUUGUUUACAUUAAAAGAUAAAUCUGAUGAUUUACAAAAUACAGAAAAUCUAGAUAGCCAAGAUGAUAAAGAAUGCUCCUCAAACAAUGAUGUUAUUGAUGAUAAUGCAGAUAAAAAAGAGUCUAACAUGAAAGAAAAUAAUGACUACUUAGAUUUGAAAACUUUCUUACCUAUUGAACAAGAUAAUCUGAAACAGAGUGUUUUUGAUGCCAUAGAUAAUGAAUAUGAUUCCAACGACACUGAAAUGAUUCUUUCUAAAGCAGUCUCGGUUAGCGAUAUACAGAGUGUUUCAUCGAUAUCUCGUAGAAAAACGAAGGAAAAAUUAACGAGCAAACAGCGAAGAGCUGUAGAACGUGCUAGUAAAAGGAAAAAGAUUGGAAGCAAUUUCUACGAAGUCACAAAUGUAAAGAAUAGGAAUAAAAAUAGGAAAGUCCCCAAGGUCAAGAGAAAACAAUAAAUUCAUUUUAGAAUAAAUUACAUCGACUUUACUCAAACUUAUUUGUAAAAUAUAAUGAAAGCUUACGAAGUAUUAUAAUAAAAUAUAUAUAUACGUUAUAUUUGUUAAAUUUACUAAAUUGUACAUUCAUCUCUUCCUAAUAAUUGAUCCCAUCCUUUUAUUAUUCUAUGAUGCACAGAAGAUGAAAUAAUGUGUAAUGUAGCUACACAUGUAACACUGUUACAUCUCAUUAUCGCAUAAAUAUACGAUACGAAGAUAAA